CGAGAACCAAACGUCAAGAAAGCUGAUAGAUAACAUGGACGACAAGGAAGAAAAGAAGUCCUUCAGAAAACUAUUAAAGGCUGUUGAGCUCUUAGGAUCUUCACGAAUGAGUUGGAAAGAAAGGAAGAAGAUGGAAGACCAAAAUGUGGCUUCCCUAGGUGGAAAGCCUAAAAAGAAUUGCAAGAUGCCUGUCAUUUUGGGGAGGAACAUCAUGAAAAAAAGGCAGGAAAAAGAGCAAAAAUUAUUUGAGGAGGGUCUUAUUGAUCAGAUUCCUCGGAAAUAUACUAGCAAAAGCCAGAAAACCGGGCGAGAAGAUCAAGUGCUCAAAAUUAGCCAAGGUAAUUUCAGAAAUGGCAUGUUGGAUGUGAAGCAUAUCUUGAGAAAGGAUGAAGCUGCUUCUAGGAUGGAAGACCAUAACCACCGAGGUGGUAAAGACAAGAAGAGAGGCAAAAGGAAGCAGCAGAACGGCAAGAAGAGAAGGCGAAGGAGCUAAUUUGGACAGCAAAUUAAUGCUAAUCGGUUAGAGACACGAACAGACGCAAACAAAUGCACCAACCAUAUUGUGAUAAGCGCAUUUAACACAGUUUUGUGG